AUGGAGUCUGCUGAGAAACGAAUCAUCUUUGUUAUUGGAGCAGGCAAGGGAUCUCUUUGCAAGAAGCUCGCCAAGAAAUACCGCUUCAGGCAUCUCUCCAUUGGCGAUCUGCUACGAAACGUCGUUGCAAUGCCCGGAGCAGAUGAGACAGUAAUCGGAUAUGUCAAGCGCGGAGAACUUUUGCCCACAGAGCUGCUCUUUGAUGUUCUGAGACCUCAUAUGGAUAUGGCUGGGACAAUCAUUUUGGAUGGCUUCCCUCGACGCCUUGAUCAAGCUGAAGCAUUUGAGAAAGAAUUCCAAGUUCCUACACUUGUUCUGUUCUUUGACUGCCCUAGAGUUCUGGCCGAGGGACGAGUCAUCAACAGAAAGCAAGGCCGCGAAGGAGACGAUAUUGAGACUUUCAAGAAGAGAUAUGACGAGUUCCAGGACCUGAAUCCUCCUCUUCUUGAGCGCUACGAAAAGCAGGGGAAGCUCCUUACGGUCAGCCAUCACUCCAUCACCCCACGGGCAAUACUCUGA